AUGAAACCAAUUACACCUCUUCUUUCUAACAAUGGAUAUGGCGGAAGACCAUCUCUAAGGAGUUCUACAGGUUCUAUUUCUACUUCGCAGAGACCUCAAAGAAAACCAUCAGAUAUUUAUGACCUUAAAAUUAAGAACGCAAAACUCGAUCAGGAAAUCAAAAUCCUGAAAACACAACUCAGCCGAACUAAAGACAGAAUCAACCAGCAAUCUAAAGUGAUUGCUCACACUACAGGACCAAAAGCAAGCGUUUCUGGUGUCCAGAACAAACGUCAAUCGACAAUCAACAAUCUCUCACAUAGUGUAACCAGUGCGCAAAAUACACUUGACACAUUGAAUCAACAACUUGAACAAAUGGAGAAAGAUGACAGAAACUGCUAUGUUGAAGAGCUUCGCACAGAAAUAUUAAUUGCGUUUGCCGAAUACCAAAGAAUACAAGACAAUUUGGGUGAAUCUUCCUCAAGAAACAAAAAUUACCAAACACUUUUUACAAAUGCAGACAAAAAAGCCUCACAGUCAUCAAUAGAAGACAAAGAAUUCGAAUUAAGUCAAUUACAACAAGAAAAUACUAACCUUAUCGAUAAAAUUAAAGCGUAUCAAACAAAAUGCUACAGAACUAAGAACGAAUCAGUAAUUCUCACACGUGAGAACGAUGGUGAAUCAAUAGAGUGCUCAAUACAAGAGGUCAAAGAUGCAAAUGAACGUCAUCAAAACAAAUUAAACAAAUAUAACGAAUUAAGUCAAAAAGAAAACGAAGAAUACGAUGUCGCCAUAGCUUAUCUUAAUAAAAUCAUCAACUACCAGAGGUCUAUCAUUGCAGAUCAUCUUCAGGGAAAAGAAUUACCAGAUCCAAGCGAAAAACCAAAGUACGAAGGUCCACAACAACACAAAGAUAAUGAAAAUGAGGAAGAGGAUAACAAAGAAGAUAAUAAGCAAGAAAAUUCCAAUGAAAAUCAAGAAAAUGAAAAUAAUGAUGAAAAAAUAGACCAAGAAGCCAAACAAGGUGAAAACAACCAAGAACAAAUCGAAAAUGCUCCAAAAGAUGAUGAAAAAGAAACAAAUCAACAAAAUCAGGAAAAUCAAAAUCCAACAUCGUUAAAUAAUGUUAUUGCUGAUGUGGCUGAUGAUGUUGUUGAUGAUGUUCAAGAUGUUGAUGUUGUUGAAGAUAUUCAAGCUUAA